ACCUGAGCUGGGACACACAGGACAAAAGUAUGGCCAGCCUGCAGACCCCACUCCUGGCUGCCCUCAUUCUCCUUGCUACGAUACUUCAAGCAACAGAGGCAGGUCCCUACGGUGCCAACGUGCAGGACAGCGUCUGCUGCCGGGACUACAUCCGUUACGCCCUGCCCCUGCGUUUGGUGAAAUAUUACUACUGGACUUCGGACUCCUGCCGGAGGCCUGGCGUGGUCUUGCUAACCGUGAGGGACCGAGAGAUCUGUGCUGAUCCCAGACUGCCCUGGGUGAAGAAAGUUCUCCAGAGGCUGGACCAAUGAGGCAGGCCCUGCCCUGAUGACCGUGACCUUGGCUCC